AUGGGUGGGUUACUGUCUCACCCCGUUACCGCCGUCCAUCUACAACGACGUGCCAACGACAAGUUCCAAUGCGGUGUCGCAACUCUACAGGGUUGGAGGAUCUCUCAUGAAGAUGCGCACUGCAUAGACUUGGACUGGGGUUCAACUCAUGAAGAAGGCUUCUUUGCUGUACUCGAUGGUCAUACUGGUGAUGACGCUGCCGAGUUCGGAUCAAAGGAGUUACCUAAGCAGCUAGACGAGUCGGCUGGAGAUCCCGAGGACCGCACUGUACAAGGCGUACAGGCCGGUUUCUUAGCCACUGAUCAGGCGCUGAGAGAGACUCAUUCUGAGGCCGGCGCUGUUGUUGUGGCUUCCAUUGUAGGACUAAGGGGAUCUCUAUUGUGA